ACCCUGCGCCUCUUUCCAGAUGGUCUAUCCCUUCGCGCAGGACCUCCCCUUCAUAUCCGUCUCUGCCUCGUGGAUGGAUCACACCCAGAGUUCUCUCCUCGGCAACGUCCUCAACCCUGCCUACGUGACGGCUAUCCCUGUGGAGUUCCCUCAGCCCUUGAGUUUCUUCCAUCGCGUCCUCAACUUGGCUGUUCAUCUCUGCAGUGGAUUUAUACGGUAUUACGUGAUACUGCCGAGUAUUCAGCAAGAGAUCUCGGCCAUCUUCCCCGAAGUGCCGCCGCUGGCAGAGCUCGAGAGGAACCUGAGCUUGGCACUGUACAACUCCCACUUCGCGAUGGGCCGCGUCUUGCCCCUCUUGCCCUCGCAGGUGGAGAUCGGGACGAUGCACUGCCACCCGGGGUCCCCUUUGCCUCAGGACCUGGAGGAGUGGCUGGAGGGCGCCGGGUCAGCAGGGGUCGUGUACUUCAGCUUGGGCACCGUCGCCCUCGGGAACACCAUGCCCGAGCGAUGGCGGGACCUGUUCGUGCAAGCCUUCAGGAUGCUGCCUCAGAGGGUGGUGUGGAAGUACGAGGGCGAGCUCGAGGGCGUCUCAGAGAACGUGCUCAUCCGAGGGUGGCUUCCCCAGCAGGAUAUCUUGGCCCACCCAAACGUCAAGGUCUUCAUCACGCACGGGGGCAUGCUGAGCACCCAGGAGGCCAUGUACCACGCCACGCCCAUGCUGCUGCUCCCCAUCUUCGCCGACCAGCCGAGGAACGCCCACAUUGCCCAAGAGGGCGGCGUCGGGCUCGUGCUGGACUGGGGCGAGCUGUCAGUCCGGAGGGUCGUCGACGCUGUGGGGCGGCUGGUUGCGGAUGGGAGAUACAAGGCAAACAUUCAUGCAGUAUCAUCCGCACUGAAGGAACAACUGGAGACCCCCCUAGAGCGUGCUGUGUUCUGGACCGAAUACGUGAUCCGACACCAAGGAGCUCCCCAACUCAAAUCACCCGCGGCCAGACUCACUUGGGUGGAAUACCUCAUGAUUGAUAUGAUCUUGCUGUUUCACUUGUCAGCCAUUACCUUCUACCUCCUCUUCCGUCACGUCUCCAGGUUCCUGUGUCGCAAGGCUGUCCCUCAAAACACAAGAAGGAAAUGUGAAUGACAUGAUUAUAUAUUACUUUAGUUUAUUAUUAUUAUUCUUUAAGUAGCUUUGGUUUUGAUAUGAAAUAAAACCUUAUUUUACUAUAA